GUGGGGAUGUAGGCCGGCUAUAUACAGAGGACGCGUCGGACUGCGGUAGUUCCAACUGUGACUACAUUCCUUGCGACUUGGUUUCAUAAAAAUUUUCUAACAGAGAUGAUUCGUCAAAUUUUGCUCCUUGUAAUAGGAGCUGCUAUGGUUUUAGCCCAAAGAAGAUUAGCCUUACCAGAUCCAAGAAGUUGUGCAAACAGGGUACGUCAUGCAACCUACAGAGACGCGAGAGGAGUGACCCAUUCGUAUUUCUUCAGUUGGGAACACUCGCCAACAAGAAAUUUAGAAGUUGAUUGGUUAGAUGCAAGAAAUAUUUGCAGAAGACAUUGCAUGGACGCUGUUUCGUUAGAAACGCCUCAAGAAAACGAAUUUGUUAAACAGCGCUUAGCCAGAGGAAACGUCCGUUAUAUUUGGACAUCUGGAAGGAAAUGUAACUUUGCCGGUUGUGACAGACCCGAUUUACAACCACCAAAUAUUAACGGUUGGUUCUGGUCUGGAUCUGGUGCAAAAAUCGGACCAACAACUCAAAGAAAUACUGGCGAUUGGAGUCAUACCGGAGGAUUUGGACAAGCUCAACCAGAUAAUAGAGAAGCUGCCCAAGGUAACGAUGAAUCCUGUUUAUCAAUUCUUAAUAAUUUCUACAACGAUGGUGUUAAAUGGCAUGAUGUCGCUUGUCACCAUGUAAAACCUUUCGUAUGCGAAGAUAGCGAAGAGUUAUUGAACUUCGUUGCCUCCCGUAAUCCGGGAAUCCGUCUUUAAAUUAACAGAAACAGAAGAUGGAAAAGAAGUACCUUUUAGAUCAAAAUUUAAUGAUUAAUUCGUGAUUGAAAUUAAUUUUUUUUUGCGAAUUACCCAUCAAAUUCACCGAUCGUUUAAAAAUCGAAAUUAAAAGCACCCAAAUCACAUUUGCACAUUCCUUUUUUUAAUUUUUUCCUUUUUUCAAGCAUGUGAAUAUUUCGCUUUUUUUAAUUUUAAAUCAUCCUCCACAUAUUAGUUUAGGAUUAACAAUGAUCGUGAACUUGUAAUUUGUACUUAAUAAGGUGUAAUUUAAUUUGUAUGUAUUUAAAUAUAUUAUUUUUAUGAAA